UAUUCCCCUCAUUGCUAUGUAUUCCCCGAAUUUCUAUGUAAAAAAUUAUAGUCGGUGUCGCGAGGUACAUACAUACGUAGUGUGUCAUGAGCGUUUAAACUUGCGAGUUGUUUAUGGUUAGUGUGUUAAAAAAUGCCAACAAAGCAGAGAAAAUCAUUGCAAAUCAGAUUAAAUUUGCAUCAAAAAGCUGAGAUUUUAAGAAAACUCGAUGAAGGUAUUCAUGGAGAUCGAUUGGCGUUGGAUUAUAAUGUAUCUAAGGCGGCCUUCUCAAAAAUAAAGAAAAAACGUCAUGAAAUUUUGGAGGCAGUGGCAAACACACAUGAAGUUGCAACCAAGAAAACUUUACAUAAAUCGGAAUAUCCCGUUCUUGAGGCAAGGUUGUAUAAAUGGUUCUUAAGCCAAAGACAGCGUAAUUGUGCAAUGAGUGGUCCAAUUUUAAAGGCAAGAGCCAAGCUCGAAUUUGCCAAAUUGCACACAGGAAAACAAUUUCAUGCAAGUGAUGGAUGGCUUGCAAAUUUCAAGAAAAGAUUCGGUAUUCGCCACUUAAAAAUUUAUGGGGAAAUUCUUUCAAGCGACAAGUCAGGAAUAACACCGUUCAUUCAUAAUUUGCGGGCAAAAAUGAAUGAAAUGGAAAUUUCGGACAUGCAGCUUUAUAACGCAGAUGAAUCUGGAUUAUUUUAUCGUUUCCUGCCCGAUAACACAUUUGUCGCGGCAAACGAAAAGACGGCACCUGGCCGAAAAAUAGCAAAGGAUAGAAUCGCAUUUAUGUUGUGUGCGAACGCGCAUAAGUUGAAACCAUUGAUAAUUGGUAAAUCCGCAAACCCCCGUUGCUUCAAGGGGUUUGAAAACCCAUUGGAAUAUGCUAACUCGCAAAAGUCUUGGGAUGAUUUCAGAGCUAUUCUUCCGCUGGUUCCAUCAUUCCUUUAUUAAGCAGGUAAAUUUAUUUUUUCUAUAGUUUAAAAUUUUUAAGUGUGCCAAAAUAUUUGUCAGGUUGUCUGAAAAUAAUUUAACACCAAGGGCAUUAUUGCUGAUUGACAAUUGUACUGUACAUAAGCCAAUUGACAAGUUACAGUCAGAUGAUGGAAACAUUGCGGCAAUGCUUUUACCACCUAACGUGACAGCUGUUUUGCAGCCCAUGGACCAAAAUCCCAUAAGACUGGUCAAAUUAGAAUACUGGGCUAAACUGUUAUGGAACAUUGUAGCACAAGAAAACAUUCCGGUUGAGAAUAUUUUGAAAGGACAUUCAAUUCGUGAUGCCAUCUUGCUGCUUAAAUUAGCAUGGGAUGAAUUGCCAAGAGCUGUGCUUAUGAAAGCUUGGAAUAAUAUAAAACAGUGGGACGAUGAUCAAUACGACAGCGAAGACGAAAUUCCAUUGCUUACAUUGAUUAGAUAAAAUAGUUCUCACGAUGAUACACUUCGAGAGGUACAAUCGUUAUUGUCCAAGGUGGGUGGUGUUGACGUCAGCAGUGAAGACAUCGAAAAUUGGAACGACGAUCAAAAUACGCAAGAUGAUGAAGAUUUCGAAGUGUCUGACAAUGAAGAUGAAGAACCAGUUGUCGAGGAAGAUAUGCAACAACAGAAAGUCAGUUUUUCCGAAGCAGUUGAAUGCAUCAAUACCUUGAUAAAGUGGUAUGAAAACAAUAAUGAUGAAAAUCAGAUAUCACACCUUAUUAAUAUGCGUACGAAAAUUGUCAGGAGCUAUUACACAAAAGAAAAGAAACAAACAAGUCUCUACCCCUUAAACCAGCCCUUACAAAUUAAUAUGUACAUAUGUAUGUAUGUAUAAUGUGAAAAAGUACAAACUAAAUCUAAGUUUAUGUUUUGUUAAGAGUAAAAGUCAGUCAUGCAAAUAAAUUGAACGUAUUAUAUCACCAAAAUUAUGUUUAUUUCCGUGUUUUUUUUUUCAAAAUCGAAACCCUUUUGGAAAAGUUAAUAUUUCGGAAAAUUAAAACACCCUUGGGACAUUUUGGUUAACUUUUUCGCGAUUCUA